UUCCGUAGCAGCCCCGCCUCCCUCUCCCCGCACCUCUUCCGCACCCUGCGCUCCGCAGGCCUGUAGCACCUUCGCCCGCAUUCCUCCGCUCCCGCUCUCCUUCCUUUCCUCUCCUCUCUCCCUUCCUCCCCUAGGCCCCAGCCCCGUCUCCCCUGAUAUGCAAUCUGCCUGUUCACCACCCCUUCCCGGUGUCUUGUCUCACGAGGCCCCUCAGGGUGGGAGCAGGUUGUGAGGCUCACCCCAAAGCCGAACCUCCCCAUCCAAGAGGACGUUGGGGAGGCCUCUAGGCCACCCCCAUGUGACAGUUGAGGGCUGCAGCUUGCAGAGAGCAGAAGUAAGCGCACUGCCCAGUACUCCAGGAAAGUCUGGCUGUGCCUGACCCAGCUCCUCCGCUACCAUGAACAGGGCCCCUCUGAAGCGUUCCAGGAUCCUGCACAUGGCGCUGAUGGGGACUCCCGACCCCUUCAGCGAGUCAGAGGCCAGCCAGGGGAAGCCCUUUCUGCUCCGGGCACUGCAGAUCGCACUGGUGGUCUUUCUCUACUGGAUCACCUCCAUCUCCAUGGUGUUUCUCAACAAGUACCUGCUGGACAGCCCCUCUCUGCAGCUGGACACCCCCAUCUUCGUCACCUUCUACCAGUGCCUGGUGACCACACUGCUGUGCAAGGGCCUCAGCACACUGGCCACCUUCUGUCCUGGUGUGUUGGACUUCCCCACCCUGCGCCUGGAUCUCAGGGUGGCCCGAAGUAUCCUGCCCCUGUCCGUGGUCUUUAUCAGCAUGAUCUCCUUCAAUAACCUCUGCCUGAAGUACGUGGGUGUGGCCUUCUACAACGUGGGCCGCUCCCUCACUACAGUCUUCAAUGUGCUGCUCUCCUACCUGCUGCUCAAGCAGACCACCUCCUUCUAUGCCUUGCUCACCUGCAGCGUCAUCAUCGGUGGCUUCUGGCUUGGUGUGGACCAGGAAGGGGCAGAGGGUACCCUGUCUUGGACAGGCACCCUCUUUGGCGUGCUAGCCAGCCUCUGCGUCUCACUCAACGCCAUCUACACCAAGAAGGUGCUCCCGGCGGUGGACGGCAGCAUCUGGCGCCUGACCUUCUACAACAACGUCAAUGCCUGUGUUCUCUUCCUGCCCCUGCUCCUACUGCUGGGGGAGCUUCAGACCCUCUUCCACUUUGGCCAGCUGGGCAGUGCCCAUUUCUGGGGCAUGAUGACCCUGGGAGGCCUGUUUGGCUUUGCCAUCGGCUACGUGACAGGACUGCAGAUCAAGUUCACCAGUCCCCUGACCCACAACGUGUCGGGCACGGCCAAGGCCUGUGCCCAGACGGUGCUGGCCGUCCUCUACUACGAGGAGACCAAGAGCUUCCUCUGGUGGACGAGCAACAUGAUGGUGCUGGGGGGCUCCUCCGCCUACACCUGGGUCAGGGGCUGGGAGAUGAAGAAAGUGCAGGAGGAGCCCAGCCCCAAGGAGGAGAAGAGCAGCUUGGCGGUGUGAGCACCUGCGGGUACCUUGGGAUGGCCCGGCCAGGAGAAUGCCAGUGAACGCAACGGAGGCCUCUCUUAUCCAGAGAGGGUGGCCUGGGCAGGGUAUUUGCAAACUGAUCGGAAUCUGGUGGUCAAAAUGGAACCAGUGUUUUCAAGUAACGUCAGAAAGCUAUCAAUCCUAUCGCGACCCCCUUUCCUAUUUGGGGGAUUUGUCCUCCCCUAGGGAGGAGGGACCCCCACGGGAAGAGCACACUAGACCUUGGGGAGUAGGAAAGUGGUGCACCCCUUCCUGCCCUGCCCCAGGGCCUUCUACCUCCACAUGACCUUUGGGUUCAGGACAGGCCACAACCUUUAAGGAAACAGUAUGGCGAAGCCAUCAAGUCUUCACUUGUACUCAGGGAGAUCGGGGGUGACCCCACUACAGGCCAGCUGAAGGAGUUUGGGAGACCUCACUUCUCUGGGUCCCAGGGCAGGCAGCACAGCUUUGGUUCCACAAACCCAGCUCCCUUUGGAGAGAAGUGGGGGCUGGGCUGAGGGAGGAAAUGGACCAGUGUUCUCUCUUUUCUGCAGAGACCACCAGGCCCCAUGGAAGGGGGCAAAGGAUCAGGUGUACCCAUGCCUAUCCUGACACCCCUGGGGGCCACUGGGAAUGGAGUGCAUCAUGGGAAAGCACCCUUUCCCCACCAUCUGCACCCCAUGUUUCCAGCUCUUGAACACAGGGAAUCAUACACCUUUUACAGGUUAAGCACGGCCAUUAGCACUCUCCCCAGUCCCUGACACCCGUUUUACCUGCCUCACUCUGUCUCCUAGCAUCUGACCCAGCUGCCUGGCUCAGGAAAGGAAGUGGAACCAGGAGCCUCUUCUGCUUCUCCCAGCUCUGCCUCCCCCAGGGGAGAAGCCCUGGGAGGGCUGAUGGAGCCUCCUCCCUUGAUCAUUGAACAAUUGCAUUCUUCCCUGAGGGUGGGCUGAAAAACCCUGAUUGCCUCCUCACCACACCCCCUUGGCCUCUGGGUAGCUUUCACCCCCGUCCCUUCUGUUGGGCAUUUUGUUGCACCCAUCUCCUUGGGGUAACUCCCUUUGGGUAUAGUCCCUAUAGGGUAAGGCUGGGGAGAGUGCAUCUUCUCGACAUCACCUCUCCCAGUCCCCCCACAAUUCCAGGUGAUUUCUAAUGAAGUUGGUGGGGCCCGAUGCCCUGCACUGUAUGACUUAAUUAAAAUCAGAGUAAGACA